AUGCCGAACGAAGAAGCAAUUGAGCUUCCGAAACCGGAGAAUAGCCAUUUAGAGGUAAUACGGCAAGAUCAAUCACUAUUUGAAAUCCCAGACCAUAUAGACAAGAUUUUGGACCGCAAGUUCGACCGCCAUAUCGUUCCUUGGCUCUUCGGCAUAUGGCUAUUCGCGUUUAUCGAUAGAAGUAAUAUUGGGAACGCAAAGAUCGAUGGUCUUAUCGAGGACCUGGGUCUGGACGGCAACAAGUUCAACAUUGCCCUCGUCGUUUUCUAUAUUCCUUACAUCUUGGUUGACGUGCCCAGCAAUUGGGCUGUCAAACACGUCCGUGCAGGGAUUUUCCUUCCCGGUUUGAUUACUGCUUGGGGUCUAACCAGCACCUUUCUGGGCUUUACAAAGUCAUUUUCCGGUCUGGUAGUCGCCCGUUUAGCCCUUGGACUCUGCGAAGGCGGCUUACUGGGAGGCAUGGUUGUAUACUUGGCCAUGUUCUACCGCCGUCAUCAAAUGCUUUAUCGUAUCGGUUUGUUUUACUGUGCUGCUCCAUUGAGUGGUGCAUUUGGUGGGCUUUUAGCAACUGGCUUGGCUAAAAUCGAACAUGGCGGCUAUAACAACUGGCCUUGGAUCUUUUUCAUUGAGGGAAUUAUUACAACGAUUUUUGGCAUUAUUUGCUUCUUUACAAUGCCUCAUACUCCUGCAGAGGCCAAGUUUCUGACCGAGGAUGAAAGAGCUGUGGCGCUGCAGCGCAUGAUUCAAGAUUCCCAUGGUGCCACUAAUGUCGAGAACGUCAAUGAAGAACAUUUCAAUUGGCACUGGGUACGCAUGGCCAUGCUCUCUCCGCAGACUUGGCUUUCCUCCUUUUCUUGGUUUUUUCUCUUGAUUCCGCUCUAUAGCUACUCCCUCUUCUUGCCGUCUAUUAUCUCGGGAAUGGGGUACAAAUCGACCACAGCUCAAUUGUUCACAGUGCCACCAAACAUUGCAGCUUUUAUCCUAGUCCUUCUGACAUCUACCCUCUCGGAUAAGAUUAAGGCGCGAGGUCCAAUUAUGGUUGUAUGUUGUAUCCUGGCCAUGGCUGGGUAUACUAUGCUUCUUGCCUCCAAGGCGAACAGUGUUCGUUAUGGAGGUACAUUUCUAGUUGCUAUUGGAGUAUACCCGGGCUCUCCCAUGAUCAUGGGAUGGUUAUCCAACAAUUUGGCGCCUCAUUAUGUUCGGGCAACAGGCAUUGGGUUUCAGAUUGCCUUUGCUAACUGUUCCGCAUUUAUUGCUACAUUUAUUUAUCUAUCACAAGAUGCACCUGACUACACGUUGGGACACUCUGUGAGUUUGGGCUCUCUCGUGCUCUGCGUCAUCACCGUCAUUCUACAAAUCUUCUAUUGUCGAUGGGAGAACAAACAGCGAGAAAAUGGUUUGCGAGAUCACCGGCUCGGCGAAGGAAGUGAGCAUUGGCUGGGCCAUAAACAUCCUGCAUUUCGGUAUACGAUCUAG